AUUAUUCUUAUUAUUUUGCGCCCUUACGGCUCGGGGAAUUAUGCGGCUUCUGAGCAUGUCCAGAGUGCCACAGGUUUCAGAAAUUAUUCUUAUAUUGCGCCCUUACAGCUCUGCGUCCUUUGGGGGGGGAACCGCCCGCAGGGCUAUUUGGACCCCUGACGUCUAGUUCUUUUCUGAACAGAUAAUUGUGGUAGUUGAAGAAUAAAGCAACUCUGAAUCUCCAGGGUCCUCCUUAAUUAAGAUGACCGACUCCAGGCCUCUGCAGGGUGAAUCGCCUGUUGCUCAGCUUGAUGUGACCAUCUCAGCUUGUGAAGACGGGGCAUUCCAAAAGAGAGGGCACAAAGCAAGAAUUCUUAGCCCCGAAGAAGCCGAAAAACUGGCCAGAGAACAGGUCUUAGUCUCUGACUUCAAACAACAGAAACUAGAGAAGGAAGCACAGAAGAACUGGGAUCUGUUUUACAAAAGGAACAGCACCAACUUUUUCAAGGACAGGCACUGGACAACAAGAGAGUUUGAAGAAUUAAAAGCAUGCCGUGAAUUUGAGGAUCAGAAACUCACCAUCCUUGAAGCAGGCUGCGGUGUCGGGAAUUGUUUGUUUCCACUUUUAGAAGAGGAUUUGAAUAUCUUUGCUUAUGCCUGUGAUUUCUCUCCCCGAGCUGUGGAAUAUGUAAAGCAAAACCCUUUGUAUGAUGCCCAGAGAUGCAAAGCAUUCCAGUGUGACCUUACCAAAGACGACAUUUUGGAAAAUGUGCCGUCAGAUUCCGUGGAUGUUGUGACCUUAAUAUUUGUGCUGUCUGCUGUUCAUCCUGAGAAGAUGCAUCUGGUUUUGCACAAUCUUUAUAAAGUGUUAAAACCAGGCAAAUGUGUGCUGUUCAGAGAUUAUGGCCUCUAUGAUCAUGCUAUGCUGCGGUUUAAGUCUACUAACAAGCUUGGAGAAAACUUCUACGUCAGACAGGAUGGAACCAGGUCAUACUUUUUCACAGAUGAUUUCUUGGCUGAACUUUUCCUAUCCGUGGGGUUUGAGCAGGUGGUCAAUGAAUACGUGCUGCGAGAGACGGUGAACAAGAAGGAAGGCCUGGCCGUGCCGAGGGUUUUUCUCCAAAGCAAAUUUCGAAAGCCUCAAAGGGAGACGUGAUUUUUGCUCCUGGACUAUUUUAAGUUGGCAUUUGGAUGUUUCACAGAAGUGGCCUUCCUUUGGUGUUAUACCAGGGUGACUGACCCUGUGCUUGCCAAAGCUGCUGUCCUGUUUUCUUCGCUGCAGGGGAAUGGCCCGCGGAAUAAAGGAACCGAUGUGAGCAGCCACUACAUCUUGCCGUGACCCAGGUUCCCCCCUCCCUGUCGUAAAGCAAAUACAUUUAUUUUUUAAAUCUUGGCAUUAGAUGGCGCCGUACACCAAGUUUCUGUAUCAUCUGUCCAUGCUUCCUCUUGAACAAUUAGACUUGCCUUUCCCCCUGUAAAUUGUGCCACUUAAAUGAAUAAGAAAUAAGAGGUGGAGGGGAAAGGGUAACGUUUCUGAGCACAACCUGCAGGAGAGCAAGUCAAAACUCCCCUGAAUUGUGUCUCUGCUUUUGAUUGUUCACUUGCUCAGGCUGUUUAAAUGUGUCUGUUGCUUCCAGCUUACAACGUCCUGAAGCAGUUUAGUGAGGAAGUCCUGUUUUCAGAUGGGAAAUCCGAUGUUUCAUUUUGUAAUGUUAGCUUAUGGGAAAUCAAUACCAUAGAGUUUGUGUAAAGCGACACAAGCAGCGUGAUUGAAUGGACAGUGAGCAUGCACACGAGAAGUCUAGCCUCUCUCUGAUGUACUAGCUAUGUAAUAGGUAACGGGAAGCAUCAAAUUGUGCUUCCACCAAAGUGGUGCUGUCCCGGAAGAACUGCGUCAGAACUGUGGUUUCAGGGGAGCUAUAGGUCAGUUCUUAUUUGACAGAUUGGACAGGCUGGUGCCCCCACGUGCUCACUCGACCUUUGGGGCCUCUUGAGGUUCUGCCCUGAAUAAAGCCUAUACAGCUUGUUUACUUUCAGCACAAGAAGGUCCCAGAGGAAAGGAUUCCUGCCUUUUCAGAAAAGGAACAUAUCUCUUGUUCCCAGUUGUGUGCCGCAGCACUGAAAUGGGACCACAGAAAAGCACUUUGGAAACAUCCUUGGCUGUGUGUACUUCAUGGUAAAAACCAUUAAAACUUAGCACAGA